AUGCGCCGGCGGCAAGACGACUGGGUCAAUGCGACACACAUCCUCAAAGCAGCAGGAUUCGACAAGCCUGCCCGUACGAGAAUCCUCGAGCGCGAGGUACAAAAAGACGUCCAUGAGAAGAUUCAGGGCGGGUAUGGAAAAUAUCAGGGCACAUGGAUUCCUUUAGAAGCUGGAGAACAACUAGCGCAACGAAACAACAUCUUCGAGCGCCUUCGACCAAUCUUCGAGUUCGUCCCCGGAAACCAGAGCCCACCCCCAGCGCCUCGGCAUGCGAGCAAGCCAAAGGCUCCUAGAAAGCCGGCAGUGCCCAAAUGGGGUGCCCCGCCGCCUCAAGAACUUGAGACUGCUAGCCAGCAGCUAAACGAGGAUGAUACGCCGGAUAACGUCACCGUCGCUUCAGUUUCAUACAUAGCAGAAGACGAUCGCCAUGACUUAGCACAUUAUUCGACCGGACACCGGAAGAGGAAACGAGAGGAUAAUAUACAAGACCUCACUGAGCAGCAACAUUCGGUCUAUGGUGAUGAACUAUUAGAUUACUUCCUCCUAUCUCGUAACGAGGCGCCCAAUUUCCGUCCCGAGCCUCCUCCUAAUUUUCAGCCCGACUGGCCGAUCGAUACAGAGAAGCAUACCGCCCUCCACUGGGCUAGCGCUAUGGGCGAUGUAGACGUCAUCAAGCAACUGAAGCGAUUCGGAGCUACUUUGGGAGUUCAAAACUGCAAGGGCGAGACUCCGUUCAUGCGAUCCGUGAACUUUACCAAUUGUUACGAGAAGCAAACUUUCCCUCAGGUCAUGAAGGAACUGUGGGAUACCGUCGAUGCGCGUGACGAUUCGGGCUGUACAGUGAUUCAUCACGCCGCCAUUAUGAAAAGUGGUCGAAUCACGAGCACUUCGUGCUGCCGUUACUAUCUCGAUAAUAUUCUGAACAAACUCCAGGAAACUCAUGACCCCAACUUUGUCCAGCACCUUAUCGACACCCAAGAUCAUGGCGGUAAUACCGCUCUACACUUGGCAGCGAAGACGAACGCUCGUAAAUGUAUAAGAGCCCUUCUUGGCCGGGGCGCCUCUACAGACAUCCCUAACGCAGAAGGUAUCCGCGCAGAGGAUCUCAUCAAGGAAUUGAAUGCUACAAAGAAUCCAAAGGAGCGCGUGCCUCAGCGAUCCUCAUCUCCCUUUGCCCCUGAAACUCAACGGCACGUCUCCUUCCGCGACGCCCUCACAGAAUCCGUUUCUAAGUUAGCUGUCACUUAUAACUCGGAAGCAGCAAAUACAGUCCAGAAUAAGAUAACACCGCUUGUCCUGGAGAAGUUCCAGGAUCUCGCCCAUAGUUACGAUGAGGAAUGGAAGGAAAAGAACGAUGCCGAAAUGGAGGCCCGUCGUAUCCUCGCAAAUACACAAAACGAGCUCGCCGUCGUCAGAGCGCAAAUUGCCGAACUAGAUAGUCAGUUGGAAUCUCCCGAGGCGGCGUCAAAGGUCGUCGGCGAAGCUACUAUCCUACAGCAACAAGUCACAUCGUUAUUGGCGAGCCAGAGCCGAUAUUAUGUGCAUUCUUCCGUCGAACAAGCCAUAUCGAUGAUGAAUGGUGACACCAGUGACGACUCGUACGAGGAGCGAGUUAAACUUGCCCAAGAGCUAAGGGAGCUCAUCAUGGAGCAGCGGCGCGCGGAGAAAGAGUACGUCGACGCUUUAGGGGUGUCCGGUACCGGCGAGAAGAUUGACAAGUACCGACGAUUACUCAAAGAAUGUCUGGAUCAGGAGGCUGCAGAGAACUUAGAUUCCAACUUGGAUGACCUCAUCGACAUGAUGGAAGAGGAGCGAAGUGAGGGGCCUCCGGUUAUACCCGGGCAAGGAGAGCCUAUGAUGAUUUGUUAA